GACAUCGCCCUGCUUUGCAUCCAAAUGUGUGAGCGCCAAAUAAUCUGAUGUUGGACUCAGAUGACUGCACAUUGUCCCUCGACAAUCUCUUUUUUGAGAGACCCAUUGUCCAAAAAGUAAAGCCACUGCACCAGGAGGUCAGCCCAUGGCAGCUGGAAGUGCCUCCAUCUCUUUCUCAGGUUCCAGCCACUCAGGAUAUGCAGAAGGAGGCAGAGUCUCUCUCUACCCUAUACAGUUUCUCACAGAGACCCAAGACACUCCUGCCUUCUUUUAAAGGAUCAGCUGGGCUUCAGGUUUUACCAUCAAACAUCAACAGUCCUUACAGUUAUAACAAUGAUAAGAAAGAGCUUGAGGACACUCAGGGUGGCAGCAGUAGCACCAGCAGAUGUGAUGCCCUUUGGCAUUUAGGUGAGGGGUUCAGGGAUUACACUAACGUUGCUUGCCAGAGUGGCGGAGGUGGAGAUGAAACCCUGCAGGCCUCUGGUCAUGCGGCCAUCAACAGGAGGUGUUUGUCUCUGGACUACAGCGAAAGCCCACCUCUACGGAGAAGCUUGUUCAAGGUUCAGGUGUUGAACAGUGGAGGUGACUCGUCAAACACAGAUGACCUCAGAAGCAGCAGCAGCCAGACAGCAUCCAGACCUCAAACUUUUCUCAGUCCGGUUACCAUGGCGACAGUGCCUCCUCCUCCUCAGCCGCCACGGGCGACAGUUAGCCAGGCAGCUCCUCCUUUCUCCCCCAAGCCCCCCUUCCCGCCCCCUCCUCUGGGCUCAUCUGCAGCGAGUGGCCAACCCCCGCAGCAGGCGGCACAUGCUGAGAUGCAGGACAAGGGCACAAAGAGAGCCUUCGUUCCGCCCAUGACGCCUCAGCCACUUCGCAUAGAAGGUACCUCUGGGUCUGGAGUUUUGCGGCCAGUUUCUGAAAUCCCAGCUAAGUUCAGAUCCGUUUUCAACGAGUUCCCCUUUUUCAACUACGUUCAAUCCAAAGCACUCGAUGAUGUUCUUUACACGGGUAAGAACUUUGUGGUAUGUGCUCCGACUGGAUCUGGAAAAACAGUGCUGUUUGAGCUGGCCAUCAUUCGUCUACUAAUGGAGACCUCAGAGCCCUGGAGAGAUGUCAAAGCUGUAUAUAUGGCCCCUAUCAAAGCUCUCUGCAGUCAGUGCUUUGAAAGCUGGAAGAAGAAGUUUGGUCCCCUGGGACUGAGCUGCAAGGAGCUGACGGGUGACACAGAGAUUGAUGACUUCUUUGAGAUUCAGGACUCCCACAUCAUCCUGACCACUCCUGAAAAAUGGGACAGCAUGACAAGAAAAUGGAAGGACAACUGUCUGUUGCAGCUUGUCAGGCUCUUCCUCAUCGAUGAGGUGCAUGUGGUGAAGGACGUGACCCGCGGUGCCACGCUGGAAGUUGUGGUGAGCAGGAUGAAAGCCGUACAUGCCUACAGAACAGCACAGAAUCCAGAGACAGACCUCUCCAUGAGGUUUGUGGCUGUAUCAGCCACCAUACCCAACAUCUCUGAUAUAGCAGACUGGCUGUGUAAUGAGAGCGGUCCAGCCACAUAUCUGAACAUGGAUGAGAGCCAUCGUCCAGUGAAGCUGAGGAAAGUGGUGCUGGGAUUCCCCUGCAGCCCGAACCAAACAGAGUUCAAGUUUGACCUGUCGCUCAACUACAAGAUGGCCAACAUCAUACAAAUAUACUCUGACCAGAAACCUGCACUAGUGUUUUGCUCUACAAGGAAAGGAGUCCAACAGUCAGCUACAGUUCUGGCCAAGGAUGCUCGUUUCAUCAUGAGCGUUGAGCACAAGCAAAGGUUGAUGAGAUAUGCAAACUCUAUUAUGGAUUCAAAACUGAGAGAUCUGGUGAUGUUAGGAGUUGGUUACCACCAUGCAGGAGUUGACCUGUCUGACAGGAAGCUGAUAGAAGAGGCCUUCACUCUGGGAGACCUGCCUGUCCUCUUUACCACCAGGACUCUGGCCAUGGGGGUGAAUCUGCCAGCUCAUCUGGUGGUGAUCAAGUCCACCAUGCAGUAUGUGGCAGGCUCCUGUGAGGAGUACAGCGAGGCCGACUUGCUGCAGAUGAUAGGCCGAGCUGGAAGACCACAAUUUGACACAUCAGCGACUGCAGUGAUCAUGACCAAGAUCCAAACCAAAGACAAGUACAUGACACUCAUGAAUGGGAUGGAAAUCAUUGAGAGCAGCUUACACAGUCACCUGGUGGAGCACCUGAAUGCUGAGAUUGUUCUCCAAACCAUCAGUGAUGUCAACAUGGCUCUGGACUGGAUACGCUCCACCUUCCUCUACAUCAGAGCCCUCAAGAACCCCACACACUAUGGUUUCUCUGCCGACUUAGACAGAUAUGGAAUCGAAGCAAAAUUGCAAGAACUGUGUCUGAAGAACCUCAACUCUCUGUCCUCCAUUGGUCUGAUCGACAUGGAUGAGGACAUCAACAUCAAACCAACAGAGGGGGGCAGGUUGAUGGCGAGGUACUGUGUUGCCUUUGACACCAUGAAACAGUUCAGCAAAGUGGCUGGGACCGAGAACCUAUCAGACCUGAUUGAGUUGCUGUCGAAGAGCAAAGAGUUCAGUGACAUCCAGCUGAGAGUGAAUGAGAAGAGGCCCCUGAACACCUUGAACAGGGACAAGAACAGGGUCACCAUCAGGUUUCCCAUUGAGGGAAAGAUCAAAACCAGUGAGAUGAAAGUGAACUGCUUGAUUCAGGCCCAGUUGGGGUCCAUCUCGAUUCCAGAGUUUGGACUGACACAGGACACAGCAAUGAUCUUUAGGAACGGGAUGCGCAUCAGCAAAUGCCUCUCAGAGUUUCUGAGUCACCAAUCCAAGACCGGUCUCUCGGCUCUGCUCAACUCUCUGAUCCUGGCGAAGUGCUUCAGAGCCAAGCUUUGGGAAAACUCGCCCUAUGUUUCCAAACAGCUGGAGAAGAUAGGUCAGACCCUGUCUACUGCCAUGGUGAAUGCUGGACUCACCACUUUCAGCAAAAUAGAGCAAACGCACGCCAGAGAGAUUGAGCUGAUUCUUAACAGGCAUCCACCAUUUGGCAACCAAAUCAGAGAAUCUGUCAUACAUCUCCCAAAGUAUGAAGUUACUUUGGAGCAGCUUCCGAGGUAUACCUGUGCUACGGCAGAGAUCGUGGUGAAGGUGAACCUUAAAAACCAAGCACAGCUGCUGACGAGGAGAACAGCUCCAGACCAACACUAUGUCUCUCUGAUCAUCGGGAACUCUGACAACUCUGUGGUCUUCCUACAGAAACUCACGGACUUGGUGCUGUUGAAGAGUGGUAGCUGGUCGAAGAAAAUCGAGGUGGCAAAGGCCUCAAAAGGAGAGGAGAUCAGUGUCAAUCUCAUCAGCUCACAAUACGUCGGCCUGGACAUCCAACAGAAGUUCAAUGUCUACUUCUCUGGAGCAAGGAGGUUUGGAACUGAUAAUCCAUACAACAUGCCAUACGAUCCUAGUGGACAUAGACUGCAGCAGUCUGCACUGAAACCACAGUCUGCAGAUCAGGCUGCAGCUCACAGGGAAAAUGACACAUCUGCUACAGACCAAGCCAAUAAAAGACAGUGCAACCACUUCUGCAAAAACAAGGAUCUCUGUGGCCACGACUGCUGUAAAGUAGGUGUAACUGUGGCACGGACGAGGUCAGCAAAUCAAGAAUCUGGUUUCUCUUACUAUUUGAAAGACCUGAGGAGCAGGUGUGACACACUCACACAGACCCCUGUCAAACGACUCAAGAUGAAAAUGCGUGAGGACUCUGCGUCUGUCAACAUGCACGAGUUUGCUUACAAACCCAAAGAGAGGCUUCCGUCUGUUUCCUGGUAUGGAGGAAGUGACUACGAAGCUCCAGUAAGGUCUAACACAGAGACUGUGGAUCUGACGGGAGAACACUGUGCUCAGCUGCCAGAUGUGGUGCAUCUGGAUGUUGACAGUGGUUCCUCGGUGUGGAUGACCCCAGGAAUCAGUGUCGGUGUGAGUCAGAACCAUAAACUACUUCUAAACCAGAUCAAUACAACCAACUCAGCUUAUCCCCAGAGGUCUACUGCAAUGUCAAACCAGGGUGUUCACUGCGAAAACACUUCUUCCUCACACAUACCGACCGUCAGCUUUGACCUUGGAGAUGAAUGGGACGACUUUGAUGACGAGAACCUGGUGCAUGCCAGCGAGACAUCAGUGACCACCUCGUGUCCAACAAAUGUUAAACCUCAAGUCCAGCAAUCUGUUGACCACAGCAUGCAAGGCUUUGGCGCUACUUCUGCACCAGUAUUCCACAGUCACUCUCAGGUCAGACCCUGUAGCACCACUGUCAGAACACCACUGAGGUCGAUUUCACCAACUUUAAACCCUGAAAUCAGAACACCAGGACGCUCAGUGCUCACAGUCAAACCGCAGAACAGAAUCACACUCGACUGGAAUAAGAAGAGACCGAGCAUCUUUAGAGAAGAGUUCGCAGUGAAAACACCACAAAAUCUCCCAAAGCAGACCGAGACCCUCGUGGCUCCACUUACCAGACCGUUUGAUUUCUUCUCAACAAUGAGUGUCCCGGCCAACACCAGCUCAUCUGUCAACAGAAGCACCAGCUACAAAGAAGAAGAAGCUUUCCUUGGGAUAUUUGAUGGUAUAUUUUAGAGGUGCUACUUGUCCUACUGACAAAAAUAUGUUGUUAACAUAAAGUGUUUUUUUAUGUUUAUGUUCAUAUAUUGUUACUGGUGAGCUUUACAUGAACAG